AUGUCUGCCACCAACAGCAGCUCGGCCCCUACCGGCGCCACGGAUGCUGUUCUCAAACCAAGCGAUCCAAUCCCUGAAGGCUCGCGCGAGGUGCAGGGCAUCGACUUCAAUCAGUAUGCAUCGCGCAGCAUCACGGUUGAGGAGCUGGUCGGCGGCUAUGCAAGCAUGGGGUUCCAGGCAACAUCAGUCGGAGAGGCUGUGCGCAUCAUUAACAACAUGCGUUCCUGGAGAGACCCCGAAUCAGGUGACGGAACGACCAUCUUCCUGGGCUAUACCUCGAAUCUGAUAUCGUCUGGUCUGCGCGAAACGUUGCGCUAUCUCGUCCAGCACAAGCAUGUUGCUGCCAUUGUCACGACUGCGGGCGGCGUCGAGGAAGACUUCAUCAAGUGCCUCGCUCCAACAUAUCUUGGCGCAUUCUCUACGCCGGGCGCAGGACUACGCCAGCAGGGCAUGAACCGAAUAGGAAAUCUCGUCGUGCCCAACAGCAACUACUGCGCCUUCGAGGACUGGGUUGUGCCGAUCCUCGACACAAUGCUCGAGGAACAGGAAGCAAGCAAGAAGACUGAGGAGCCGCUACAUUGGACGCCAAGCAAAGUCAUCCACCGCCUCGGCAAGGAGAUCAACGAUGAGCGCUCCGUCUACUAUUGGGCGUGGAAGAACGACAUACCCGUCUUCUGCCCAGCGCUGACUGACGGCAGCCUCGGUGACAUGCUCUAUUUCCACACCUUCAAGUCAUCUCCUGAGCAGCUGCGGGUGGACAUUGUAGAGGACAUUCGGAAGAUCAACACAAUUGCUGUCCGGGCAAAGAGGACAGGCAUGAUCGUAUUGGGUGGGGGCAUAGUCAAGCAUCAUAUUGCCAAUGCCAAUUUGAUGCGCAACGGGGCAGAGAGCGCCGUCUACAUCAACACGGCCCAGGAGUUCGACGGGAGCGAUGCGGGGGCGAGGCCAGAUGAGGCCGUCAGUUGGGGCAAGAUCAAGGUGGAUGGUGAUAGUGUCAAGGUCUACGCCGAGGCAACGGUGGUGUUUCCGCUCAUCGUGGCGGCAACAUUCGCACGGGUGCAACAGGCUGAUAAGUCCCUGGAGCUAUUGUGGAGAAGCACCUCAAUCGAUAAGGUGAUGGAGGUUGAUGACAUCGGUCGUGGCACGGCCUGCAGCCUGACAGAUGAGUCAAUUCCGACCGACCAUGGAGGUGAGAGCUGUGAAAGGGCGAGGCAUGAUGACGAGGGCGCUAACCGUCUCACCACCAAGCUCUCUUUCGGCCAGCUCGCCAACGAGAUAUUACUCACUCCCUCCGAUGUCGACAUGAACGCCUCCACCACCACAUCAGCGCCUGUGGCCCAGCAGCACGGUCAGGACGACGCAGACAUGGCCGAAGCUGCGGGCGGCACAGGCACUUUGGACCCGACAAACGGCCAUGCGUUAGAGCCUCCAAGCCCUCCAAACGAUCGCGAGACCGCCAACAGCGCGGUUGCCAUACAGGUCGCUGCUGUAGAGGAGGAUGUUAUGGACACCACACCGGACCUUGAUACAGACUUGGUGUUAGAGCAUGACUCAACGGCUCAGCCUGACACGAUUGCCGAUCCGCUCGUCUCUGCUACACAAGAGGCUUCAGCGACUGAGCCAGGUAGAAACAACGUAGAUGAUCCCUCGGACAAUGUGGUAACGACUGACAAUGCACCUCCACUCGACCCUCCACUGCCCAUCGAUCCACUUUCGCAUCCUCCGCCACCGCCGCCUCCCAUUGACCCCGUCCGCUCCGAAUCCGAGUCUUCUGACGAUGACGAUGGACUUCCGCCAUGGCACCCAAUACAGGAGGACACUUCGUCUCCGGACGAGGAUGAGCUGAAGGAGCUUGAGGAUUUGGUAGAACACAGCGCUCUUGACCACAAGUACUGGGAGAGCAAAGCAUUUCUGCCAUUAGAGGAACCGGAGUACACCGCUGGUGAGACUGGACGUAUCAACUGGAAUAUCGAUGCCUAUAAUGGUACACGCGAAAAGCCAAAUCGAGACAUUGUCAUGACCUCCGACGUGGUCACUGUUGGCGGGCACCAAUGGCAGAUCAAGUUCUAUCCAAAAGGAAAUGACUCGGACUAUCUCAGCGUGUAUUUAGAAUGCCUGAGCGUUAUGGAUCCAAAGAAAACGUCGAGUGCGGACCAGAGCAAUGAGACGUCAAAUGAGGAUAAUGCGCAGAAUGUUGAAGAAAAAGAACACGACAGAAUGGAGACAAGUGUACAGGCGACUGCAGACGCAACAAGUCCACCCAAUGUGCCUGUCGAUCCUCAGCAUGCGCCACUGCCACUCCUCGAUUCAAAAUCUGUGCCUAAGCGAAAAAGUGUUGCGGCGCAAGUAAGUGUCGUGCUAUACAACCCCACUGAGCCUCGAGUGCAUUACUCGAAAACUGCCCUGCAUCGCUUCUGUAGCGGGUCUCCCGACUGGGGCUGGACACGUUUUCAUGGACCGUACUACGAAAUUGCCCACCGCAUGCGAGGCCAACGCUCUGCACUCCUGCGCGAUGAUAAGCUUGCUUUCACUGCUUAUAUCCGAAUUGUCGAAGAUGAGACGAACUGCCUGUGGGAGCAUCCCAACAGGGAGAACCCAUGGGACAGCUUCGCAAUGACUGGACUACAGUCACUCAUCUUGGGUGAGGAUGCUAGCGCGCCUGGUGGCAACAUGAUCUCCGCAGUCAUUUCGUGGCUACUUUUCAAACCUUUCCGAGACGUCUUGUACAGUAUUGACGUCCUCGAUCCAGAGAAGGAUCCUGGAGCUGGCCCCGUUCCUCUGGACGAUGUUCUAGAUGCUUUGGAAUGGUACGGUAUCCACGAUCGGCUUGACAAAGUCGAUGUCGUAGAAGUAUGGGAGGUAUUGCGUGCCAAGCUGGAAGAAGAACUACAAAGCACUACACAUACUAGCGUUUUGGAGCUCCUUUUUGGCCCAAAGCGCGAUUACGCUACCGGCGUUCCCAAAUAUAGGGUCCCAGUCGUCGGUGUCGAGACCAUGCAGACAGCAGUCAACAGCUCGUCAGAUUUUGUCGUACCAGGGAAGCCAUUGCCACAGUUGCUGACGAUCGAGCUCGAUAGACAGCACUUCGACGUGAAGACGCGUUCUUACGUUAAGGUACUUAACAAAGUCACCCUAGAUGAUCACUUGACAAUCAACGGCACAAGCUAUACCCUGUAUGGAUUCGUGGUUCAUAAGCAGACUCUCCAAUCCUACUCCGACAGCAAAGACGAGAACCAAGUGAGAUGCCUCACGAAGCGGCAAGCAGUGAAUGACCAUGAAGGAAAGUCAGGCAAGGAUAUAGUCGUGGGUAACGAAGCGGUCGCAUACAUUGCAAUGUACGUUCGGGACGAUGUAGCACAUGCAGCAUUUGCCGUUAACUCGGACGGUGAACUGUGGGCUGUCCCUGAAUGGUUUCGCAGAGAGCUGGAGAAAGACAAGGACUCAAAUGACGCCUCCACUCCUCCUCCUCCACCCGCCGAUGCUCCCGCCACCAAUAGCGAGCUAGAUGGCCUUUCACAAGACAAUCAGGAAGAAGAAUCUGUCUCGAUAUUCGACUUCCAAGUUGUUGACUCUCGUGUAUUCAAUAAACAUGACGGAGCUGGCAACUUCGAUGCCUACAGCCCAGUCGGAGAAACAAAUAUGGAGCAUGUGUUCAGUAUCCAGCUUUCUAGCGAUUCCGGAUGCGACGACAUCGUUCAAAAACUUCUCCCACUCUUCCCUGAUGUCAAAGACCCCCGUCAAAUCUUGUUCUGGUUCCUGGACCCAGCUCGUGGGACGCUGAACCGACCACAGUUUCUGGGUACUGAGACCAAACACUGGACGCUGGCCAAUUCUCCAUCCGCAAGUCGCCGGAUUUGGGUUCAUGUUCUCGACUUUGACACAUUGCCCGAGCUUCCAAAGCCGAAAGAGGAGCAGCUAGAGCGAGAGCAACCCAUGUCUCAUGGACUCCAUGUGGAAGAAGUAACCGCGGAAGCAAGCAACGGCGAAGGUGAGGAGGCGAAUGCCGUGCAAACUCAAACUACACCUCGCACGCAGGACACUCCAAUGAGUGAACCAGGAGAGUCGCAAGUAGCACUGGUCGAGUCGGAUGCGCCGCAAGUUGAAGCUGUUCCUGUAGACAACGUGGACGAUGUUGACACCGCGAUGGUCGAGGUCCAAUCAGCUGAUGUGCCUGACCCGCCAGCUGUUGAUGUACUCGUUUCGGAGGAACUGAUGGCACCAGGAGAUACGGAGAUGGGCGGUACGCAGGAAGAUUUGCAUCUACCGCCGCCUCCUCCUCCGCCUGUCGAUGUCCAGCCUGAGAUUACCGAACCACCCCCACCCCAGCGCUCACAAACUCCCGACCCACCUCCGGACGAAAUCUACUUCUUCUUGAAGUUGUGGAACCCCGACAAGCAAGCUCUCGAGCCGCGUGGCUCGCAUGUAUCUCUCACAUCUGCCCGGGUUGACGAAACGGUUGUGACUUUGCUCGGUCUACCAGUAGAAGACAAGAAGAAAAUUGAGCUGUGGGAGGAGGAAGAUAUGACAAGCGCUCGCAUGAUCAAGCAUCGUCGAUCAUUUGCCCAACUCGAUCUGCGCAAUACAGCCAUCAUCAUUGUCUCUAUGCCCACCACACCUGAGCAGCGCGCAGCUCUCGCCGAUCGCGCAGCUUUUGCAGAUCCUUCGGCAUACCUCAAGUAUCGCGCUUUCGCCCGGAACUUCCCCAAUAGUUUGAACGGGUACUUCACGUACAACUACUUCUCGUCGCAAUACUACAAAGGUGAAGUAACGAACGGACAUCGCCACGGCCACGGCACACUAAUCUACCACUCCGGCGCCACAUACUCCGGCUCCUUCCGCCUCGGUCAAUGUCACGGCCACGGCGUGUACACGUUCCAGAACGGCGACACGUACGACGGCGACUGGGUCGACGGCCAACAACACGGCUCAGGCACCUUUGUCGAAGCAGCCACAGGCAACACUUACGUCGGCGGCUGGAAAAACGACAAGAAAUUUGGCGAGGGCGUGACGCACUGGAAAAACGCACAGGAGGCUGAGCGCAUGUGCAGAAUCUGCUGGGACGAGCCGGCCGAAGCGGCAUUUUACGAUUGCGGGCAUGUAGUCGCGUGCUUGAUGUGUGCGAGAGAAGUGCAGAAUUGCCCUGUCUGCAGGAAGAGGGUGCUUACUGCGAUGAAGCUCUACUACGUGGCGUAG